AUGUGGCUCUUCUCUGCCCUUUCAUGGGCGUUGUUUCUCGGGUUGUCGGUUUGGGCAGAUUCGGAUUCAAAUAAUGGCAAAGUUCAGAUCCCUGAGUUCUACAACUCAGCCCGCCAUGCCGCGGCAGACCCCUACGUCCUCUAUGAUUGGGAGAGCGGGCAGUAUUACGCCUACUCGACCGAAGGUGCUGACGAUGGCUACCACUUUGCAAUCUACGUCAGCCCUGACCUUUCGACCUGGCGCAAACACCCAGGCGGCGUCUUGAAGGCAUGUUACGAUGAUCAGAUGAAACAGAUCGAUGGUGGUCAGGCUUGCUGGGCCCGCGAUUGGCAAUGGGCUCCCGAAACAUAUUACAACGAAAAGACGGGAUGGUACUUCUUUUUCUUCGCAGGGCGUUUGCGCGAAGACAUGGCGAAAGACCACUUUCGCUACUCAAAAUUUGAGGAACCAUCGAAAUUGGGAGUGGCCGUUUCGCGAUCUCCUACAGGCCCGUUCAAAGAGAUUCGGUCGGAGCCCAUUGGUUACUAUCCAUUCGACCCCGACUACCAUGACGUCAACCUCAUCAUGGACGAGAAGCAAAUGCUGCCACCGAAGACCCAAGAGGAGGGCAAACAAGCCCCAAAGGGCACUUACAUACCUACGAUUGACCCAAACAUCUUUUUUGACAAGGACGGCCGCAUUUACUUGUACACCUCUCGCAACGCGUACCGCAAUUGGAAUUGGGAUGACAAGCUUGGCAAGUACAUCGAGGAGUCGAAUAUCAUCGUCGUCGAAAUGGACCGAGCCUGGUGGGACGAUCCAUUUGCGCGGACUAUGCCAGAUAUUGCAUCGUCAGAGGUUGAUGUCCACGCCCGCGAUGCGCCGGACUUGCCGAGCAAUAUCACUUCAUAUAAUGGGACUGGCGAGAUUGGGAACCCUCCGCGCAAAGAUGGAUGGAAAACAGUUAUUUCGUAUGGAGCCGACCCUCAAGAAUGGGAGAAUUUUCAUGUCGAUGAUUACGAGAAGAACAACGGUACCAAGAAGGAUCGAAGGUGGUCAGAGGGCAGUACAGUUAUCAGGCGCACAAGAAAAGAUGGCAAACCAACCUACCUUCUCACAUACAGCGCAAACAACUACGAAGCCUCGAACUAUGGCGUUGGUUUCGCAACGGCCGAGUCUCCGUUGGGCCCCUUCCGAAAGUCUGCCAAGAACCCUGUUCUAUCACAGGCUCCGGAUGCUGAGAUUCCCAUAUACUCUACUGGGCACGGAAGCAUUGUGGCAUCGCCCCCUAAGAACGCCAGGAGCAGAGUUGGUGCUCAGGAGGUCACUCAAAGCACCCCCGAGGGAGCCGAGCUAUUCUAUGUGCAUCAUGCUCGCAACGAUACAACGCGCGAUCGAUCGAUAUACACCACCCGAAUGAGCCUGGACGACUCUUCGAUCUACUUUGGUUCUGAUAAUGCCAUAACCAUGAGCCUGACGUCAUUGGAUCAGCCACUCCCUUUGAACACGUACCCGAUUCAACUUGAAAUAGGGUGUCCUCGGGGCAGAAACUUCGAUUCACAAUUCGAAGUGCGUGUUGUCUCGAAGGCUGGAGCUCCUUUUGACUUGACCGAAGACUCGAACAGAGUCGUUGCUCAACCGGAAACAAUAGAAGCUUCCUCUAUUGAGCCUGUCCGAGGAAGAGAUGGAACAUUUGUCCUCAAAUUCGAUAAAGGCUCUGUGCAAGAGCUGGCUUAUCAGCGCUCUAGUGUCAAGGGAAACUGGACAUUGGUUAACACCCAGAAGAUUCGCUGCCGGAUAAGCUCCCGUCAGUACAGUACACCCCUGAAUAAGGUCGCGAAGUCUGCAUCUUCUAAGCCCAAAACUACCGCGAAGGCUUCUGCGGCCAAAAAGCCUGCUGCUCAGAAGGCGAAAGCAAAGUCAGAAACUAAAACUUAUGAUGAAGUCAUCAAGUUAAUCGAUAAGACUUAUGCGAGAUUCUUGAAGAAGUAUAAGGCGAAUGGCUCUUGGACAGCCAAUGAGUUCUCUGCCGGGUUUGCCCGCUUUCUGUCAAUGGAACAGGCUCUAAACGACGAGUCGCUUCCCUUAGCUUUCAACCUAAUUCUCGACAUUGGAGAGAAUUCCUAUGGCGACGUGGAUUACGGCGCAAAGACGUGCGGCUACGGAGACACUGAUGAGCCGUUCCAAGCCAUGUGCAACGCGCUGUUAGAAAUCAUCGAGUCUCGCCUGGAAGACUGCACUGACAACGAGUGCAAAGAUAUGGCAUUCGUUUUAAGCCCAUCGACAGACGACAUGGGGACCUCUCAGGAUGAGCUGGGAGAGGCGUUGAAAUCAAAAGGAAUUCGGAACAAGUCUCAGUUUUUGAUGAAUGACAGGGCGAGGAGAGGAGAUCAGCAACUUUUGAUGACACGGCGGAGGACUCGUCGCAUGGAUACAGUUGACUGGGCCGGGAAUGCGCUCAAUGAUCUGAGCGAAACUCGGCGGCGCAUCGACAGCUGGGGCCUGGGCGAACAUUAUUUUGCGAAGAGCAUUGCAAAGCUAUCCUCUAUCAAAGGCAUUGACGCGCCGAGGUACAACGACAAUCAUCAGCCCUUGAGUAUCUGA